UAAUCAGGGAGCUACCCCGAAGCCUACGAGGGGGAGAAUAAAGUAUGGGUCCUCGCCUGGAUUCUGGACUUUAAAGUGAACAUCAAAUUUACAGUCAUGGAUUCCGAAAGUCUUUUCAACGUUAAGGGCAAAGUGGUGCUGGUCACCGGUGGCGCCAAGGGCAUUGGUCGCAUGAUCUCCGAGGGAUAUGUGACGAACGGUGCCACAGUCUAUAUCUCAUCGCGCGAUGCUAAGGCCUGCGACCAGGCUGUCAAGGAGCUCAAUGCACUUGGCAAGGGCAAGGCCCACGCCAUUCCCGCCGAUUUCUACAAGUAUGAGGAUGUGAAGAAGUUGGCCGAGGAGCUGGGCAAGCGCGAGAACAAGCUCCACGUCCUGGUUAACAACUCUGGCUCGAACUGGGGUGCCCCCUACGACGAGUAUCCCACCGAGGCCUUCACCCGAGUGCUCACCCUCAACCUGCACCGUGUCUUCGAUCUCACCCAGCUCGUCACUCCCCUCCUUGAGAAGGCAUCCGCCCCGAAUGACCCGGCCCGCAUCAUCAACAUUGGCAGCAUUGACGGUCUCCGUGUUCCCUCGCUCGAGACCUUUGCCUACAGCUCUAGCAAGGCUGGUCUGCACCACCUUAGCCGAGUGCUGGCAAACCACCUCGGCCGACGCAACAUCACUUCCAACACUCUGGCCUGUGGCCCGUUCGAGAGCAAGAUGAUGGCUGCCACCCUUAAAUCCUUCGGCGAUGCCAUCAAGGCUGGUGUCCCUCUGGGCCGUAUCGGUACUCCCCAGGAUGUCGCUGGUACUUGCUUGUUCCUGAGCAGCCGAGCGGGCGCCUUUAUUAACGGUGCCACCAUCUCGGUCGAUGGUGGUAGCUCCAUUUCUGCCAAGAUCUAAACGGGAUAAGCUAGUGCGCCAAGGAGCCAAAUAUUUUCUGUCAGAUAUUUGUUGCUGUAGGUAUUGAAUACGAUAGAGCAGGAAGCCAGUUAUUGUACAAGAGUUGCUAUAGUUCGGAUCCCGGUUGCGGACUCCGGGACGAGUCUCCCGUAUAGUAGAUGAAGCUACCAAGAUCUCUUGCAUACCAGGCGAAGGCUGGUGGCCACAAUCAGUCAAUCG